GAGGAGGAGACUGAAAGCUUAUAACAACAAGAAGGUUGUUUCUUGUUUUUCUGUCAGUUGACGCUGACUUGUUUCAUACAGACUGUAGUUUCAUUCAGACUUCUUUUCAGUAUGGAAGCUGGUGAGGAAAAUGGUGGCAACUUCAGCCUGAAAAGACAGAGAGCACCUCUGUCAGAUUCUGAAGACAAUGUCCUCUCACAAUCAGAGAUGAGUGAUGGCCAGAAGCGUCGGCGUUUGGAGGCAGCUGGUCAGGAAAACCGCAGUCCUAAACCAUCGUCCUCUGGACGCCACGCUGAGCUAGAGACAAAGCCAGACACACCGAUGGUUCCCUCAGUCCGGUCCCGAGUCCAGCAACUCACCCAGAGGCGAGAGGGGGCAGCUCCGCUGGCCCAGCGCUGUCUGUCAGAUCCCGGGGCUGACAGCCCAUCAGUCAUCAUCCUCAAAAAGGGCUUCAGAGAGCAUCUUCUUGGUGAGGGAGAAUUUAAUCAGCGAAUGGAGCGUUUUAAGGUACCAGUCUUCCAGGCUAGCCCCAACCCCACACCGAGCCCUGCCAACCCCUCCCCGCGGAGCUGCUCCAACUUUGUGUCUGCCAUCCAGCAGAAACUCCACGGGACUACAGCUCCCAGCUCCAAGCUGGCUUCUCGCAUACGCCAGGAACGCGAAGAGGAGUUGAGCCAGUUGCCUUUCCAACCAAUCAGUGAGAAUGCCUGGUUGAAAAGGAGCAGCUCGGAUCCCUCAUUACCUCAGCAGCGAUGGACCCCUCCUGGCCCUGCAUCUUUCUCUUCCUGGGUUCCUAGAUGUAGAGGGAGAUUUCAUUGGCCUCCUAUGCAUCCCUGGGAUAAGGUGGAUGGUGAUACUGACCUGAAUGAUGGCAGUUUUGAAGCCCCUACAUCAGGUGCAGAGAAGCAAUCUUCAGAUGGAGCAGGUCAAAGGGCACCCGGUGACUCUGCAGCUCCUGAUGCUUCUGCAGAGCUGUGCAUGGAGCACAAAGCUUCAGCUGGAAAUGACGACAAGCAGCUAGGGACCCAAAAACCACAGACACAAACUGUCUUGAAGUUGUCUUUUAGUGAGGAUCAGAGUUUCUCCAAGGUGUCUCUUGGUGAGGACCAUAAUGUGUCAGAGUUGCCAACAGGUGAAGAGCAAAGCUUGCUAGAAUCAACUCAUUUAGAGGAGUCGAACAUGAAGGGAACAGCUGAGGUUUCCACCUUCACUGAACAGGGUGUGUCUGAGGUGUUUUUAUUUGAAGAAACUGACGGCUCUUUAUACAGCGAGGAGGGGAUUGAGCCUUCAACAGAUGAGGAGUCAAGGUCGUGGAGAUAUCCUCAAGACAAGGUGUGCGAGGAAGAGUCUGUCAUAGUUGCAGAUCAGGGGGGAGAUUUGUGUGUAAAAGAGGAGGAGAGGGAGUUAGAAUCAUCCAGGGUGGAAAAACAGAAAAGAGGCAGUUGUGCAGAUCACAGUGAAACCAGCGGUGAAUGUUAUUUGGGUAAUGUAUCUGCUGAGAUUGCCGGCUCUGAAACGCAGGGAGAUGAGAAAGCUCAGGAAGACGAGGGUGAGUUAGACAGCUGUUUAGAUUACUCGGUUAAAGACCAAUCUGAUUUAAACAAAGAUCAAGGGAAAAUGGAGUCCUGUGAAGGAUUUUAUGAGGGAGCAGUUACAGAAGAUAUUUAUAUUUUUGCAACAAAACAAGACCAGAAAGACACAGGAGGAUGCAGUUAUAAUGAUGAUAUGUGUCAACAGUCAAACGCUGUCAAUACGAAAAAAGUAGACAUGGAUCUAGAGUCAGACAGAAGAAGCCCAAAUAGCAGACCGAAACAAACAGAUUCAUCUCCUUCUGCAAAUGUUGCUCAGGAUCUGAAAGAAACUCAGACAGAGCUCACGGAGCUUGAAAUGACAGUUGAAGAAAAAGCUGAGGUAGAGUCUCAAGCUGAAUCAUCAGACACUGAAGCUCAGAGUUUGACAGACAUACAGUUGUCAGAUGAUUUGGAGAUAGAAAAAAUGGAGCAGGAUCCAGUAGAUGAAAGGAAAGGCGUUGUAGGUGGGCUGGCAGAAGAAACUUGCAAGGCAGAGGGAGGAGAGGGCUUAAAGAAAGUCACCUUUAUUCUGGAGCCUGAGCUAAUCAAUGACCCAACCCUGCCUGAGGACAAUACCUCCACGGAGUCCAGGGCAGAGACAAGUAUGUCAGAUGCUGAGCUGAACUCCCAUGAUGAGACCAACACAGCUGAGAUAAUUGACCAGAUGUUCGAGGAGGUGCUGGAAUAUGCUGGAAGGAUCGAGGAGGAGAGGGGGGAUGAUGAAGACACGGAGGACCGUGACAGUGGCAUUGGCGUUUGCUCUGGAGACAAAGAAAAGAUGGACACUGAGUCAGAGAAGGAGAAAAGUGAAGAAGAGGGGGAGUCCAAAGAAGAAGGGAGCGAUGAGAGCAAGAUGCUUGAAAGCAACAGAGACGAGCUGCUGACUUUUCCCUCCAGCGGCAUCCUUUCGCCGCUCAGCAAGUCUGUCGAGGCUGUGGUCACCCCUCUGCGACUGGAAGUCAGCCAGGAGUCCAACCCUCCUUCUCUGCUCUUGACUCCAGAGGAGACCGACACUCCUCUAACUGAAUCUGCUCCUCUGUACAGUAUUGAUGCCUACCGCACACAAAGACAGAGAAAGCCUCCCACCAUUCAGAGUGUCACUCCUGGGGUUCAGAGACGAGCUCCAGAGAAGUCCAAACCUCAGCCAUCUGUCAACACUAAGGAGAAAAUCACGGCUCUUAAUGAAGAAGCAGGGAAGCUUCAGACUGUGAUCAGCCAGACCCUGCAGGCUCUGAGCUGCUGUACUGACGAGGAGCACGGACGAGGCUCGCUGGAGGAGGCUGAAGCAGAGAAACUUCUCUUGGUCUCCUGUGAGAAACGCUCUGCUCUGCUGGCAGAAGUGGCCAGACUGAGGGAGGAGAGGAGCUCAGAGUCAGGAGAGGCUGGAGGAGAGGACAGGGAAUUUGUCUCCCAGCAGGCCUGCAGAGGGACUGUCAGCAUCACAAACAUCCAGCUGCCUCUCAAGGUGGAGUUUGUCUGCUCCUCACACAACCGCACAGGGCGGCCAAGUCACUACUUUUUCGUCCUGAUCCGCUACGGGCCCUGCAAUAUCGUCGCCACCCCGCUGGCCACGGCUGCUGAUGCUCAGAAUGGAGACACCAUCUCCUUCCCUACUUCUGUGACUCUGAAGGAUAUCCGCUCAUCCUUUGAGAUUGACGUGGAAGUCUACAGCCUGUCCCACACUUCAGGAAGUAACUGCAGCAUGGACCGGAUCACCUCAAAGUCCAGGGUUACGCCAAGAAAGCUUCUGAACACUAUCACCAGAUCCAGUCACAGUCUGACAUCUGCUGCUCCUCCUGGUCUCAACACUCGUCGCUCCAGCAACUUCUGUUUGGUGGGCUCCCAUAAGAUCACCUUGGCCUCGCUGGGACACAGCAAGUUCCCUCUGGAUAAGAUGAAACUUGAAGGCAAAAUCAGGAGGCUGCUGGGAGAUGAAUUUCAGGAAAAGGUGCCUUUUCUCUCUCCUCUAGAGGGCAACAUCUACCUGCAUCUGGACAGCGAGAGUCACUCUAACGUCCAGCACCAAGGCUUCCUGACAAUGUUUGAGCUGAUCAGUGGAUACGGGGUGUGGCAUCGCCGAUAUUUUGUUCUGGAGGAGUGCAACAUGCACUACUGGAACCACCCCAACGACAAAGAAACAAAGGAAGCAGAGGGCAGCAUCUCUCUGUCCAGCUCCCACAGUCGAUGUGUCCGCCCUGUAAAGAGGGACUCGUGUGCUCGACCUUUCACCUUUGAGCUGGUGAGCAACAUCCCAAAGCAGCAGGACGCCAGCCAGGAUGCCUUGGCCAAGUGUUGGUUUUCAGCCGACACCAAACAGGAAAGAUUGGACUGGAUGGAGAAACUCAAUCAAGCUCUUUUGGACUUUCAUACUUGGAACCGAACAUCAGCGGCCCAAACAGAGAGUCAGCAGUCAAACUCGUCCAGCGGUGGAAACCUGAGGGAGAGCAUACUGUAACUACAUCACUCAGCCAACAAACCCACGCAGAUGUAAUUCUGUUAUAGUUUCUGCUGCCUGAGAUCCAUGAAAACACUGUGGGAGCAGCUUUAAUGUUGCGUAUAGACGAGCUGACGUCAGGGUUUAGAUCUGUAAUGUCAGAGCGGCGGUUGAAAAUUCACAGUAGAAAUCAAAACUGGCAAUUUUCAAAUGAGGCAAAACAAUAUGUAUCUCACAGAUUUUUCUUUUUUGGGGAGAUUAUUUGAUUUCCGUGCUAUUGUUGAUUUCUUUUAAUCUGAAUCCAAUCAUUACUGUUGGUUUUCACUUUUAUUUGUUACCGUUGCCAUAUUUUUAGUUUUUCUUUAUCAUGAGUUUGCGGAAGAGGUUUUAUUUUUACUUUUUCUGUGGCAAUCAGCUGCUUUAGCCUUUGCUGGCAAUAUUAUUUGGACACUUUCAGUAGCUGAGGUGAAACUUCUAGUAGCUUAUAUAUUUUUGUAAUAAUUCACACAUGUAUUUAGAUUCAUAUUGUAUUUUUGCAGCGUUUAAACUGGAAGGAUAAACAGAUUUAUAUAGAUACACUAAUAAAUACUGAAGGAAAAGGAAAUCCUUAACUCUACUAAACUAAUAAAAUGACAGGAAACACUACACAUUAUUAGAAAAUAGAAGAAAUGCUAGUUUCUAGGGUUGGAAUGGGAGCUUUUCGGAGUCAUUCAUACAUCCAGCUUCUGUGGGGCAAAAUAAGAUUUUGAUUCAUUCUAUAUGAAGGCAGGCUUUUGUUCCACUGAGCCAACACAUAUUUGGCUGUUUUGGCAAAAUGUGAUAAAACACCUGGUGCCUUUUUUACCCGAAGAAAUAACCAGUCAAAAUGUGAAUGGAUCCCGCUUGUCAGGACGUAUCACUGCCAUCUUGGAGGUUUUCCUUCCUUCACAGUGGCCUGAAGUGUUCACUCAUAUUCCUAAGGACAUGAUUUGUGUUUCUGCAUAUGAAUAAUCUCAUAUAUUUACAUAUUUAAAACCCAUAUGUUAUGUGUAAUACCGUGAAUGGGAGAACUGUUGAGGUAAAAGAGGGGACUGUCGUGAUGCUGCUACACUGAAUGUGGUCUGUUCUGUCUGAUCUGUUCUUUACAUGUAUUUCCACCUGUCAGUCUGUCACUUUGCUAUCAAUGUUAUUCAUGUUAACUCUCAUUCUAUGCACCUAAUUGAAGUUACCAAUAAAAUAAAUGGAUUGAAAUGGCUACAAAAACAU